AUAAAAAUACAUAAUAAUACAUCUGCUUGUCAGUGUCAGUUGUCAUAUCAAAAUAUGACAUCCAAGUUCCAAGUAAAUGAAAAAUUUGUUGAUAACUAAAUAGUAGUAGUGUAUUUUGAUAAAUUUGAAUUCAUUAUAUCUAUUUUGAAGUGUAAUAAUUUAAAAAAAAAAAAUGACAAGUAAAAAAAGCCAAACAUUAAGAAUUGAAAAUGAAAUUGAUAAAAAUCGUAGUGAUGGAAAUUGGAAAAAGGUUAUAGAACUUGCUGAUCAUUUGAAAGACUUAUAUCCAAGCAAUGAAUGUUUAGCUAAUUUUUUGAGUGGUGAAGGUCGUCUAGAGAGUUUCUUAGAACAAACACCACCAAUCGAUGCAAACAUAUCAAAAGCCAAAACUGGUUUAAUUGAAGCUAAACAAAAUCUUUUACUAGCUGCAAAUGAACGUGAAAAACAGGCAAUUGUUGUUUUGGAUGCUCAUCUUUUACUGGGAAAGUUACAUUAUGCAAUGGGUUUGUAUGAGGAUGCAUUGCAUCACUAUGACCAAGCAGAAUUGCAUACUUUAACUGAAAAACAUCUUCCAAGUCGUAGUUUAAGAAUUGUUGCUGAAUCUUAUGCUAUCAAAGGUUUAUGCUUGAAAAAAAAAUUACCAACAUUAAAAUCAAAGUACAAAGUUGCUGAGUUACUUGAACAAAUUGUCAAGUGUUUUGAAACUGCUGGUGAUUUGACACUUGUUUAUCUUCAAGAAGUUGAUAAAGCUUCAUUACAAAUGCAUAAUGGAACUACCACCAUCACCAGCUGCAACAGUUUUGGAUCAUACUCACCUCAACCAUCAAUCAGUUCAUCAAAAUGUAUUGGUCCUAUUUUAGAAACAGCUCUACAACGUGCACCUCUUCUUUACAUUCAAUCUGAUAAUAUUCAUGCAGCUGUUAACAGAUACAGAGAAAUAUUAACUGCUGUUGAAUCAACAGCAACUCAAAGUCUACGUUUAACAUUAACAAGACAAUUGGCUGAAUUAUUAUUACGUAACAUCAGUGGAUCUCACUACAAUGUACCUGAUCCACCAGCAGAUACAUUUGCUGUUGUAUCAACAAAUCGUAAAUUAAAUAAUCAUUUAUCAACAAAUGGUUCAUCAGAAUCACCAUGGAAGCCUAAAAAAUAUCGUGGUCCAAAUUUAUUUGUUCCUAAAAAUGAAAAUGAGGAGAUGAUAUUGUUAUUAUUAAUAAGUGAAGCAAUGGCUGUACGUGAAGCUGUACUAAGUCAAUCACCAGAAUUUAAAGAAGCACGUUUACGUGCAUUUGAAAAUGCAACAGCUGUUUAUGAUUUAAUGACAAUAGCAAUUGUAAGAUGGAAUCAAAUUGAUUUACUUCAUGAAUCAUUUGAAAGAGCUAUGAAAUUUUCACAUGAUGAAGUACAUGUUUGGAUGCAAUAUGGUUUAUGUUUAGUUAAUCUUGGUAAAUAUUCACAUGCAUUAGCUGUAUUAAAAGCUGUUAUAAAAUUAUCAAAACAAAAAGUAAUGCCAUGUUUACUUGCUGCAAAAUUAUGUUAUGAACAUUUAAAUUUAAUAAAAGAAGGUAUUGAUUGGAGUCAUAUGGCACUACAACGUGAAACAACAAAUCAACAAGGUUUAUUAUCACGUUGUCAACUUUAUAUUGGUAUUGGUAAUAGUAUUUAUUCAUCAAAUACAACAAUUAAACAAGAUAAAUUACAUCAUUCAAAUAUUGCACUUGAAUAUUUUCAUAAAGCACAACAGUGUGAUCCAAAUGACCAUCUGGCUGAAUAUUAUUUAGCACGUGAAUAUGCAAUCAAUAGACAAAUAAACGAUGCAAUGAUACAUGUUAAAAUAUCAUUAAAUUUACGUGCUGAACAUAUACCAUCACUACAUUUACUUGCACUAUUAUUAACAGCACACAAACAAUAUGCAGAUGCUCUUAAUUUAAUAACAAGUGUACUUGAAGAAUAUCCAGAUAAUUUAAAUUUUCUUUAUAUAAAAGCACAUCUUGAAUUAAAUAGUAUUGGUGGUGAGGAGGCAUUAAUAACAAUAAAACAUAUGUUAUUUUUAUGGAAAACACUUUAUGAAGAACAAACAAAUGUUGAUUGUAAUGAAUUUUCACAAAGUGAAAAAAGAAGUGAAACAAGAAGUGUUUUUCAACUUCAUAUGUCGGAGAUGUCUGAUAAAGAUUCAAAUUCAUUGCAUGCACCAUCAUUAGCUGCAUCAAGAAUUGAACAAGCAUUGUCCGAGGUUGCAUCAUCAUUGAGCUCAUUUACACCAAAACCAGGACCACAAAGAGCUUGGAUUUUACAAUUACAAAUUUGGCUACUUUUAACUGAAGUUUUCCUGGUUAUUGAUAGACCUGAUGCUGCUAAAUUAUCACUUCAAGAAGCGACAAAUAUAUUCCCUUUGAAUCAUCAUAUCAUGUAUACGAAAGGUCUUUUGUUUGAGUAUAAAGGGGAAUAUAAUGAGGCAAAACAGUGUUAUCAAAGUGCUGUUGCAAUUAAUCCAUCACAUAUUAAAAGUCUUCAACACUUGGGUUUAGUUUAUCAUUAUUUAGGAUGUCAAAGAUUAGCUGAAAAAACACUUCGUGAUGCUGCUAAAAUUGAUCCAAAUUCUCAUCAAACUUGGUAUAAUCUUGGAAAAGUUUUAGAAUCACUUGGUGAAAUGGAAACAGCAAAUGACUGUAUGGCAACAGCUCUUGAAGUUGAAAAUACAAAUCCAAUGUUACCAAUUGUUUCAAUACCCUUAACAUUCGAAUAAUAAAAAUACAAUUUUUAUUUAAAAAAUAUCAUCACUUAUAUGCCGGCGUAAAAGUGUUGAAAAUAUUAUUCAUUUUAAAAUUGUUAUUAAUAAUAUUGGGCAGUAUUUAUUGUGCCACUAGUACCACUUUCCUAAUCAAAUAUUUCAUCAUGUAAAAAAAAAAAAACAAAAAAACAACUAAAUAAUUUCAUGUUUAUCAAAGAAAAAAAAAGAAAAUCAAUAUAUUAAAAAUGGUGUAAAGAGUUUAUUAAAAAGUUAUAAAAUAAAUAUAAUAAUUAAGCUAAUUAA